AGCAACUUCAAAUACAUUUGAACCGUUCGUUGGAAAUUUGUUUUGUCUUUUUGUAAGAUUACAUGAUUUGAUUAGAAACUUUCAUCAAAUAAUGAACGACAGCAACAUUAAAGUACAAUCAUGGCGCAACGUAUGUUUAGGCUACUAAUGAGUGGCCGCGGAGUCACAGACUGAAUUUGUGGCAGGCUAGAUGAAUGAUAAGUAAUCGCAGUUCCAUCCAUCGUGUGACACAAGUGUCUCAGACUUUUAUUCUGGCCCCGUACGAAGUACAGAGUGCAUGAUAAUAAGUAUAAAAACUGCUGUGGAAUUUUAUCUUUUAUGACUGCCAACAAAACGGUCAAAUGAUAGUUCCUUGUCAGAACCUGUUUAAAUAUCUCACCCAAAGCGGGAUAAACGUAUUUUAAUCAAGUGACAGCAACUGGUUUUUCUGUUCAUAAUGAGUCGAAAGGUUUUAUUCAAUCGAUCAAAAUCAUUCUAGGUUGCCUGGCGAUAAGGGCUUGGAUUUACACACUGAAAGUCACAAUAUUUCCCAUGUGAAGUAAUAGGUGUUUGUGCUGACUUUAGGUAAGGACUCAGUUGUCUUUCUACCAGUACCAUGAACUAAGACAACUAAUUGAUGAGCAUAAACGUUUGAGCCGAGACAAGAUUUAUAAGCAAAAACAAUUGCACGAUGAUGUAAGGUCCGUCAAAUAUUUAAUGACGAUUUAUAGUCUAGUACAUUUGAGCGCAUCAAAUGCAAAUUCGUUCUUUCAUUACAUGUCCUAUUUAAUUAGACUAGUCGCUUCCAUUUUAAAACGGCCAAUAUUUUCAUCUCUGAAAACUACUAAUACACGUCUUCCCAUAACAUUUGUCGUGUUUAAGGUCAUUCCGAUUCUAGCGACGUCGUUUACGUUUGUUCACUAAAAUACCGUCUACAGUGCUUAUUGUGGGCAAUGUAACAACUCUCUCUCUCCCUCUCUCUAUGCUCGGACUUUUAAAGUAGUUCCAUUGUUGGAGGCCACUGAACCCUAGAUAGCUAGGUAUGACCUAGUAUGGAUCCGUAUCAUUUCAACUGCAGCGCCAACAGCUCUACAGAUCACCUAUACCAUCACAGCCCCACUUUCGACUCAAUUCUCGGAUCCGUUCUCCUUGCCCUCGCCCUGCUCGGAACUCUCUUCAAUCUUAUCGUUGUGUUGGCAGUAAGAACAGUGACAAAGAAGAAUUGUAGUAAAGCCCGGCUCGCUUCUUCUCUCCUUAUCUUCAAUCUUAGUCUCAGUGAUACAGUGUACAGUGGAGUGCACCUGUUUAGUGCAAUAACCAUGCUAUCUGGAGGCAGAGAGGGGGGUAUACUAGACAACACCUUCACCAGAGUCCUGUGUAACCUCACUGGGGUAUUAUUCAACCUCACCAUGAGGACGUCUCUGUGGUUCCUGACGAUGCUGACUCUGAUCCGCUACGUGUCAGUAAUGUUUCCUCUGAAGCUCCCUCUUCUCGUCACUAAGAGACGAGUCAAGACUGUGGCUGUCAGCGUUUGGAUCGUCAUAUUCGUCCUGCCCCUCGUCCCCUUUACUCUACAGGGUUCUUAUGAGUACGACACUCGUCUCUCUAUCUGUAUCUGGCAUGUUGCCAACGAUCAGUCAUUUCAUACCCGAGUAGCAAUCCACCUGGUAUUGAUGGUGGUUCCGAUAGUGUUCCCUGGUCUCCUUAUCAUCACCCUCUAUCUACAGAUAGUGUGGAAGGUAAUACAACUAAAAACAGUGCACUACAAACUACGAUCAGGGAAAAUUGCAAACAAAGUGGAGAACCUAGCGGAUGAGGAGAAGGAGGAGAAAGAGAAGGAGAAUGAUAAGGAUUUGGUAGAGGCGGAGCCCUUGCCUCCUGUCUCUAAAUCCACUUCUAAUUCCAACAGAAAGAAGAUCUCCCUGGCCAUCAGCUCCUGGUCCAGCUCUAUCUCCUUCCUUAACCGCCCACUCAGUAUCGUCGAAUUGGAGCGAAUCGAGAAAGAGACGGAGGUUAUAGAUCAAGAUUUGAUGAGCUACGCCGUGUCCUCGCUCUCCAGAACCACCUUUAACAACCAGGAAUCAGAUAGAGCGGGAGUUGUAGCUUACUACAUAAACAGAUUCAUCGUUAAAACGGCGGGAAACGCCACUUUUGAGCGGAUACAGUCAAAUAGUUUCACUGAAUCCCGGCGAUCCAUUGACUACGAAGCGGAAGAGUGUCCCAUAAGUCUAAAUUAUUACGACUGCCAAGAAAAUCCCGAUAUAAGCUCGUCCUCAUGGCGGUUUAGACGAGGCUCAGCCACGCCCUCUUUCUGCGAGGAUAUCAUUCAGGAGGAAGAGGAGAAAGUGAGCAUGGUAGAACAAGGGCUCAAUUAUAUGGGGGAGGCCAGUCCAUCGCCCCGGGUUGAUAUGGCCACUGUGGUCGCUCAGGCCAUGAAGAAAUUCCUCAACAAAGAUUUGGAAGAUAUAAAAGAAAUGGGUGCUCAAACCUCAAACCACAACAGCAACUCAAAUCACAGCGACAAGUCAAACUCUUCCUUCAGCAAUAAUAACAGUAAUAAACCUGCCCUCAUGAGAAGGCUUUCAUCGUUCAACGAAGUAGCAGCUCGCUGCAGAUCUAACAGUAUCCUGGAGGAGUCCGUAACUUCUACUUCGUCCCAACUUUCUCCUUUACCUAAAAUUGUGUGUGUCAAUGGUGUGUGCAGAGAAGUCCCUGUGUCCAAAUCCAGUGUCAAAUCAUUCAGAGUCACCCAGUCUCCCGAAUCCUCCUUUAGAAUCAGCACCACCCCCAUACCAGAGGAGGUUUUUAACACCUCUAGUAAAGAACACCCUCCUAUAAAGUCAGACUCCAUCCGGGAUUUCCAUCCCCCUCUCAGUAAAACCAACUCCUUGCCCAACAAGUUGGUUUGUAAGGAAAUUGUGCCUGAGAAAUCCUUCACCGCCGAAAACAAAGGAUCAAGACUGGCCCAAUCCACCCCAGCCAUCAUUGGGGAUGAUGUCCCGAAAUCAAAACCUAGCCUGAAGAAGAAAAUCUUGUCCCAUCUGAGGGUGAAAGGGAACGAGAAACGUAACGGGAAUAUGUUCGAGAAAAGGAUAGACAGAUUAGAUAUGAGACUAAAGGUGAUCAUACAGAGCGCUUUUUACACCUUACUGAUGGUAACCCUGUUUGUAAUCUGUUACAUGCCCUGGUGGUUGCUUUCUAUUGACAUCCUGUUCAGAUUAAUGGGAAAGGGUCCCAUGAUUGACGUUAACUUUACCUGGUACUGUAAUUUCCUAACUAUCAGUUACUCAACAAUCCUGCUCAGUGCCUGCUGCAACCCAGUUAUUUACUUCUACUUCGCUUAUAAACAGGCGAUGUUGGACACACUAAAGUUGAGGUACAAACGUUUCACAAAAGGAAAAAUGGUUCUACUAAAAAAGAAAAAGCAGACCCGUGUUAAUUUGAAUAAAGCGAAGAGCAAAUUGUAAUUAAUAAAUGGCACGAUUGUUUUCUUUUAAUUUUGAUUCGGUUAAUAAUUUUCACUCUAUGUAUUAUUUAAUGUAAAUUGUAUUGUCUUUAGGAUUUUAUUAAGGACUGGGGAAGUGUAUAUGAGUAUUUGCCAUAAAUCAUAAUGCUGUUGAUGUUGUAUUAUGUUUUUAAUCGGUUUGUUAACCGGUUUUACGUGAAUGCGUGGGUCUUCAACCAAAAUCCGUGCAUAGGAAUGUAAUUUUAGUUUAAUUCUUGCGCUAAUGCUAAAUUGUAUAUCAUAAGAUUGGAAAAAUGUUCCAUUGAAUAUUGCAGAAAAAAAAUUAGACCCAGCGACAGUUUUUGCAAAAAGUUAUGAUUAAAAAACACGUUUGCAAGUGCAAAUGCGCUAUUUAUACAUAAGUAUAACAUGGUAAUAUUAAAUAACAUUUUAAAGUCAACAUCCUGAGCCUCAGGAAGCUGCUAAGAAAUUAUUUUUUCGCUGCAAUGAGUAACGCUAAUAUAAUGAACAAUUAAAAAAUGGCUUUAGUGAAAAUGGAUCUACUCGAAAUUGUGCUCUGUACACAGCUCGCACUGGGUGGAGAAAAUUGUAGUUAGGACAUAGUGAUCUUCGUAGAGAUUAUAUUUUCAGACCAUUGUUUGUUUAAUGUAGCACUUUUUAAAUCUUUAAUUUCAAAUGACUCA